UGGAUUACAUCGUCAUUGUGUAUAAUUAUAAAUUCUAUAAAAUGAAUAUAUCAACAUUAAGCUUUAUUAUAUCUUUCUUAAUUUUAGUUGAUGUCAUAAACAGUGAAGAGGUUACGGAAGAAUUCACAACACCGUUAAUAACUCAGGAUACUUCCAAUCAAGAAGAAAAUAAACAAGUUCGUACAGAAGAAAAUCAUGUAACUGGUGAUGCUGAAAAUGCAGCAAAUGUCACCAUUACUGGCUCAAUUAACACCACUAAAGUAAACUGUUCAAUAGACAAAAUCUAUGGACCUGUUGAGCUUGUCAAUGUCACAAGACUUAUGGAGUUACUGAUCCUGGAACCUGGUCCGACAAAUCGCUCAAGAAACAACAAAGAUGGCAAACAGUUACCAGGGAUAUGUAUUCUAGUAUUAUUUUAUGCCAGAUGGUGUGUGUUCAGUAGUCAAGCUGCACCACAUUUCAACGCGAUACCUCGUUCGUUUCCUAAUAUCAAAGCUGUUGCUAUCGAUGCUAUAAAAUAUCAAAGUUUCAAUGCGCAAUAUGGAAUAGUUGGAGUACCGACAUUAAUGCUUAUUCACAACGGCAAGCCUGUUGCUAAAUUCAACGAUACGAUCUACACCUUGGAAUCAUUCGCGAGGUUCAUGUCGCAGUUGACCAAUUUGCAACCCAAUGGUUCGCUUUACGUUACCUCAGCGGAUUUUACCGGACCGGUUUCAAGCACGCCCACUAACGAAAUGGAUUACUGUCUGGUGAUGUCGUGGAUUUUUAUCGUUGCUUGCAUGCUGUACUUCACAUCACGCAGUGUAUGGUGGCAGCAGUUUGUCGAACUUAUUCAGAAUACCUGGCGCGAGAGCAAUGCGCAACACGAACAUGUCGAUUAGAAGAAAUUACAAAAUGAAAACUUUGUUUUUUUAACGGUAGCACAGCAAAGUAAUAAUAAACAAAGAGCACUGCUGGAGGAUCUUUUUCAAAUUCUAUAAUAAUGUUUGUUAUGAAUCUUAUGAAACUAUUAGCAAGUAUUUUUUUAGGAUAUAAAUGUCAAAUAUUUGUAACAUUUGUACAUAAGCUCAUAUUUAUACAAUUACUUUUGCAAUUCAUGUGUUUCUUUUGUGCAAAACUUUUGUUCUUCUGUACUAGUUUUCUGACAUUCUUACUUAAACUCCCAGUAUUGCUUUAAUAAACUCCUUUUUCUUCAAUAACAAUAUUGUUAUAUAUUAGUGUUUUAUUAUUUUC